AUGGAAGAUGAAGAUGCUGUCGGUGUGGAUGAAGAUGCGGUCGAUGUGGAUGAAGAUAUUCAGCCAUUGUCGACUGCAUUCGUCGCUGUUCUCUAUGGCAAGGCUCUUAUCAAUUUAGUGGCUUCGUUUGUCUGCUUCUUCUUCAUCGCCGCCAUGCUAUCCAAGCCAACCAUUCGCAACAAUUCCUACAAUCUUUACGUGGUCUUCAUGAUUUUCCCAGACGGCAUCAAUACCUUAUUCAGAGUGCUGACAAACGUAUUCCUCGCUUUGAACCAUGGAGUUCACUGGUAUCCGCCGGGCUUUCACUAUCUCGACUUGUUCUUCUGGAUGUUCUAUUACGUAUGCAACUUCUACCUCAACGUCUUUGUGACUUUUGAGAUCAACAAACUCGUGGAACAUUGUCAUCGCGGGAGACGGAUACCAGUUCUGAAGCUUCAGAGAACUCGCAGGCAAAUCGCCGGGGUCUAUUUUUUCUCAGCAUGCAUUGCCUCUUUGAUGGUGCUGCCUGUUCCAUUUGCCCUCUAUCAUAUUACAGAUGAUCGAAGAGGGAAAGGUAAAAGUGGUAGCGGGCCAAAUGGAUGGUUCAACUUCUUCAUUGCGACCAUUCUUUUUCUUCUCCUUAUGGCAGGGCCUCUUAUCUUUGUUCUCUUCGUAGCAGUACGAAUGUGGAUUAAGAAGCUGCUUCCGAAGAGGGGACGACUGCGGGUGCUGACUUUGUUCUUCUUGAGGGUCAUCAUUCUCUUUUCAGUCUUCUAUAUUCCAGUCAUAUUCUUAACAUCCAAGCGAAACAACAUGGAAGAUGAAUAUUCAGAUGGUGCCUUUGCCUUGGACACCGUUUUGGGAGUCUUGGCAGCUUGUCAGGCUCUCACAACCUUGUACAUGAUCUGGCUCAAGUAUGACAUCCGAGUUGCCGUCAAAGAAACCUGGAACAAAGCCUUUGGCCGUAUAUGUUGCCGUUGUACCUCUGUUGACCGGAGUGGUGAAGGCGAGGUACAUAUUAGUGGAAUGUUCCAGGCAAAGAAAAAUUCACGGAACGAUGAACCACAACAUCCUGUGGCUCCACUGCCCCAGAAAAAAUCGUCGCUCAUUCAGCAAAUCAAAGAUGCAUGUUCUGUAGACGAUGAUUUUGGAAUGCCAUUCCAAGAGUCAGAUGCAGAAGGAGGAGAGCAGAAUGAUGCGCAAGAUGAUUCGCCUAAACGUUCAUGUUCCGAAGAUGAGAAUUGUAGUGUGCCUUUGCAAGAGGAGACCGAUGCGCCGAGGAAUGCGCCGUUCCUUUGGGAACAGAUCCAAAGUGAAUGGUCUGAUGAUGAUCAUGAUCGUAGCGUCGCACAACGCGCAGAGGAUACUUUAUCAGAAUCACCCACAAACCAUCUUGAGCAACCAGAGAUAAAGGAACUUGAAGAGAAGACCGAGACCAGCACGACCAAUCGAAUAAGGUCACCGGAAAGCUUGCAUGGGGCCGUUGAAUCUGAAUAUUCGGUAUGA